AUGAGAGGUGAAUUCAGUGGAUUGAAAACUUUGAUACUCAAGAGGAAUCCUAAUGCCUAUUAUGUUCAUUGUUUUGCUCAUCAGCUUCAACUAACAAUUGUUGCUGUUGCGAAAAAGCAUAUCAUUAUUGGGUCUUUCUUUAACACUAUCUCGCGUUUAUGCAAUGUGGUUGGAGGUUCAUGUAAGCGCAGGGAUAUGCUUCGAGAGAGCCAAAGAGAGAAGAUUAUGGAAGGCAUUGCAAGUGAUGAAAUUAAGACCGGAAGGGGAUUGAAUCAAGAAAUGGGGAUGAAACGACACGGGGACACUCGUUGGAGUUCUCAUUACGGUACUCUCAUCAACUUGAUUCACUUAUUUACUUCUGUUGUUGAUGUUCUGGAGUAUGUUGGGGCAAAUGGUACCGAUGAUUCACAAAAAUCUGAAGCUAUGGAUUUGUUAGAUGUUAUUAGUCGAUUUGAGUUUGUCUUUGUGUUACAUCUGAUGAAGAAAAUUUUGGGAAUUACACAUGAUCUAUCUCAAGUGCUACAAAGGAAAGAACAAGAUAUUGUGAAUGCAAUGAGACUUGUUAAUGUAGCAAAAACUCGCUUGCAAGCAAUGAGAGAUAAAGAAUGGGAGAUGAUGUUAACUGACAUUUCUAAGUUUUGUAGUAAAAAUGAGAUAGAAAUGAUUGAUAUGGAAGAUGAAUAUGCACCUCGAGGAAGAGGAAGGCGUAGAGUUGAGAAAAUGACAAAUCUCCACCAUUAUCGAGUUGAGCUUUUUUACACUGUGAUUGACAUGCAGGCUUUAGAGUUAAAUCAACGUUUUGAUGAAGUCAACACAGAAUUGAUUUUAUGCAUGUCAUGUUUGGAUCCUAGAGACUCAUUUGCUGGAUUUGAUAUUGAAAAGCUAGUUCGACUUGCAAAGUUUUAUCCGUCUGAAUUUUCUGAAGUUGCUUUGUAUGAACUUGAAAGUCAGCUUGAGAACUUUAUUGUCGAUGUGCGCAUGGAUGAAAAGUUCUUAGAACUAUCAGGGAUUGGAGAUCUUGCUGAGAAGAUGGUUUCUACAAGGAAACAUGACAUUUUUCCUUUGGUGUAUUUGUUAGUUAAGUUAUCAUUGACUUUACCAGUUGCUACUGCUACAGUUGAAAGAGUCUUUUCAGCAAUGAAGAUCAUCAAGAGUGUUCUUCGCAAUCGUAUGGGAGACAAUCUUUUGAACGAUUGCUUAGUACCUUACAUCGAAAAGGAUGUGUUUGUAAAUGUUACUAAUGAAGCUAUUAUGCAGAGGUUUCAGAACAUGAAAAACAGGAGAGAAAUGUUAUGA